UCCAGCGAAGGAAGCCGAAGGCCAACAAUGGCGCUCUGCGUUCUCUCAGCGAACUCAGUGCCCGGAAUCUUCUGCCCUCGCCCUUCCUCUAAGCCCGUCGACGUCGCGCGAGGAGCGCCGCGUCCCGACACCCUGGCUCUUCGCCGGCUCGGGUCGCGGGGACUGAGCUCGCCCCGCCGACUGAACGCUGCCGGAUUAUCCGAGAUCGAACCGGACCUGAAUGAGGACCCGGUGGACCGUUGGGCCAUGAACAGCGUCGAUGAAGAGGAUUUCAAGUAUGGAGAGUACGAUGGACACCACACUUAUUACGAAGGAGAGGAGAAAGGAACUUUCUGGGGAGCAAUUGCGGAAGAUAUCGCUGCAGUUGAACCGCCGACUGGCUUUCAGGGGCUCAUCUCAUGGCUUUUCCUUCCAGCAGUCGCUGCAGGAAUGUACUUUGAUGUUCCGGGAGAGUACUUGUACAUUGGAGCGGCUCUCUUUACUGUUGUCUUUUGCAUCAUUGAGAUGGAUAAGCCUGACAAGCCCCACAACUUUGAGCCCCAGAUAUACAACAUGGAAAGAGGAGCCCGUGAUAAGUUAAUCGCCGACUACAAUACCAUGGACAUUUGGGAUUUCAACGAGAAAUAUGGAGAUCUGUGGGACUUCACCAUUGUAAGAGAUGAUAUAACCAAAAGAUGACUGCUCCUAAACUAAAGAUGGCAAUUGUUCUUGAACGAUCUCUGUAUAUGACGAAAUUACAGGUUCAUGUCCUUCCUUUCUAGAUUGCCUACUCUGUAUUUUCCAGUUUUGCCUUUCACUCCCAUAAAGCUAAAGCGAUGUAAAGGAAGAGAAAGCUUGUAGCAGCAGCUGUUUAUAAAAACUGCAAUGAUGCAUGCCAGUGCAAAACUUGCAUUGUUAGUUUCAUUUCUUCAA